AAUUUGCCUAAUUAAAUAUGAUUAUCUAGUAAUCAAUUCCAUUCCAGUCACUGCGUAAUUCUGCUUCAGGUUUUGGUAUCGCCUCGUUUUCUGUCGCUGUGGGUGACAGGAGGGAGCAGUGAAUAAUCUGUAUUCCACCGCUAGUAAAGAAACACCCUGUGAUCUUCCUAUCUUCACAAAGCCCCUGAUGGGUAAACUACAGAAAAAAUACACARUUUUCAUAAGCUGAUGAAUGGGAGUUUUCUACCCGCGGAAUCCUGAAGCAGAAGCAUACUGGAAAAGGGGCGCAUACCAGACUGAUGAACAGCCCUUUCUCUCAAUGAGACCCGAAGUGAAAAGACGCAGUAAUGAAUGACAGUAUACUGGCAAGAGCAGCAGCCGUGCGCAGCUACAUCGAGCACAAAAUAACUAUUGUGGGGAUAGAUGAUUGAUAACGCAACUGCUAUAGUGCAGGCCGGGAGAGCGAAACAGAUGUAAUUUUCUUACGCUACAGCUGGUUCAUUGCCACUGGGUGCUGCAUGGAUUGUUAUUGCAAUCAGUCCUUCUACAUCAGCCACUGCUACCAGCAAUCCCAAAUGARUUAGGAAUUCCGGACGGCUGUCUGAGGAGCAAUAUUGCUGCAGAGCUCAACGGGAAUGCCAUGUGUCGUGGCGCGACAUAAGAACCGCUUUGUGGUGUCUGGUCCACCGGGACAGGUGGUGUUGUGUGUGCUGGGUUGGUGGGGGUAUAUGAAUACACAACCCGAGAGACAGUUGUUUUAGGGAUGUCACGCCGCCGUACGGGAUCAGUUUUUGCCAGAGACAGGUGCGACAGAGAGGAGUAGUAGUUUACAAACGACGUUGGAAUUGGUGUUGACGAAAACCUCGGACCUGUCUAUUCUCUUCUUACAUACUGGAUAUUAAUCCAGGGGACAUCAUACUGUGGAGGCAAGAACUGUGUAAUCGUCGCGUUCCGGGCGCACCUUUUACUCGACAAUCAGCGACGCUGUAUUCUGGUGCCGCCAUGUCGACCCUGGCACCACCCUUCUUCCUGCUGUUCUGGCUCCUACGAUUGGCCAGCACUGCGUUUCCGGAGGAACCGGGGCCUCUGAACUUUAUCUCCAUUGAAGUGGUUCACCGGUACCCAGUGUUUCUGGGUCGGCCACAUCGUUCAUCCCUGAGACAGGAGCCACUGCAUAUUCAGAGAGUCCUCAAGGUGAACCGGACCCUCUACAUUGGAGCCAGAGAUGACCUUUUCCGCGUGGAGCUGGACAAUGUGGCGGGAGAGGAGAUGUUCUACAGUAAGAAGAGAACAUGGGAGUCCAACAAAAAUGCAUCAGGACCUGCCGAAUGAAGGGCAAGCACGAGGACGAGUGUCGGAACUUCAUGAAGGUUUUGUUGAGUCGACAAGGAGGUCUGUUUGUAUGUGGGACCAAUGCCUUCAAUCCGCUGUGUGCCAACUAUACUGGAGACACUCUGGAGAUGGUGGGAGAGACAGUCAGUGGGAUGGCCCGCUGUCCCUAUGAUCCUAAACACGCCAACGUGGCUCUGUUCGCAGAGGGGAAUCUGUUUACGGCCACUGUGACGGACUUCCUGGCGAUAGACGCUGUGAUCUACCGUAGCCUGGGGGACAGUCCUGCACUCCGCACAGUCAAACACGACUCCAAAUGGUUCAGAGAGCCCUACUUUGUCAGUUCAGUGGAAUGGGGUCCUCACAUCUACUUCUUCUUCAGAGAGAUGGCCGUGGAGUUUAACUACCUGGAGAAGGUACAGGUGUCUCGGGUGGCUCGGGUGUGUAAGGGGGACCUGGGUGGUUCUCAGAGGGUGUUGGAGAAGCAGUGGACGUCGUUCCUGAAGGCCAGACUGAACUGCUCCGUCCCUGGAGACUCCCACUUCUACUUCAAUGUGCUCCACUCCACCAGCCCUGUCAUCAGGAUGCAUGGCAGGGACAUCAUCCUGGGAGUCUUCUCCACCCCCGCCAACAGUAUCCCUGGUUCGGCUGUGUGUGCCUUCGACAUGGAGCAGCUAGCUGGGGUGUUUGAUGAAUUCAAGGAGCAGAAGUCACCUGAGUACUAAUGGACCCCUGUUCCUGACGAGCUCAUUCCCAAACCAAGGCCAGGGGGCUGUGCUGUUCAGGGCUCCAGGUUCAACUCAUCCAAUGGUUUCCCUGAUGAGAUGCUGAACUUUGUGAAGACCCACCCCCUAAUGGACGAGGCGGUGCCCUCACUGGGACAGAGGCCCUGGAUCGUCAGAACCAUGGUCAGGUACCAGCUGAAUAAGAUGGCGAUGGACACGGAGGCUGGCCCCUACAGAAACCGCACAGUGCUCUUCCUGGGCUCCAGCCGGGGGACCAUCCUCAAGUUCCUGAUCAUCCCCAACCGGGACAACACCGUGUCCAGCAGCAAUGUCUUCCUGGAGGAGCUGGAGGGCUUCAUCCCUGACAAGUGUGGGGAGGACUCUCCGCAGGCGAGACAGUUGUUGUCCCUGACUCUGGACUGGGUGAGCCAGUCUCUGCUGCUGGCCUUCCCCUCUUGUGUGGUCAGGGUCCCUGUGGCACGAUGCCAGCUCUACUCACGCUGCAUGAACCCCAACACCUCACCCCACACCUCUGUCCCCCACACCCCUUACCCACCCCUUAGCCCCCACCAACCCUACCCACCUCGGUGCCCACUCACACUCCACCACACCUCUGUAGCCCCCGACACACCCCUCACCCACACCUUCUAG